AUGAAUGUCGAUAAUGCGGUCAAUUGGGUUGUAACACCGUUGCUGAAAUACCCAGUGUUGGUUUAUGUCGUAUUUUGGACUCCCAAUGUCAAGAUAAGUCUACUUUUAAUCCUCUAUUCAGUACUAUUGAAAAUAUGCAUUGCGUUAAACAAGUGGUAUAAGUGCCAAGGUAAUGAACCCUGGAAAAGUCUGGAAGAGCUUGAAAAUGCCGUAGUACUUGUCACUGGUGGUAGUCAUGGGCUAGGAAGAUCUAUUAUAAUGGAGCUCUUGAACAGAUAUAAACAUGUCAAGGUGAUUAAUCUUGAUUUGCAAAAAUCUCCUAGCGCAGAUACCAGAGUUUUGGACAUCCAGUGUGAUUUAAUGAGCUCAGCAGCACUAGUCCACUGUAUUGACGAGAUUAAAAUCCGAUAUGGCGAUAAUCUAUCGCUUAUUGUUAAUAAUGCCGGCAUAAGAGCACCAUAUCAGUAUCUGAAAGAUUCAAACGAGUUCUCCAUCCAAGAAGUAUUUGCCGUUAAUGCAUUUGCGCCCACAAGGAUUAUACAGGAGCUAGUACCUUCAAAUCAUCAGUGCUAUGUGGUUAACAUCGCUAGUACAUUAGGUGUAUUAGCGCCAGCAAAGGUUUCUACAUAUGCAGCAAGCAAGGCUGCUCUGAUAGCAUUUCAUAAUUCUUACAGUUUAGAAUUAUCGAAGCUAGGAAUUUCACAAACUCGAAGUCUAUUAGUGUUGUCUGGUCAACUAGAUACCGAAAUGUUUGGGGGGUUCGAGCCACCACUUCAAUUCUUUGCACCAGUAGUUGAUAGACAAAAAUUGGCACGCGAUUUGAUAGACUGUUGUGAAAGGGGCCAAAGAGGUGAAAUUUGUGUACCCUUUUAUUCCAACUUUGCCCAUUUACUUAUGUCUCUGCCCCUACUUCCUCGAAAUCUAGUUCGUAAACUAUCCAAGAUGGACGAUUGUCUACCACAGGAAUAA